AUUUCAUGGACUGACAAGAGAAAAAAAGGAACAGAGGCGCUGCAGAAUUUUUCAAUGCAAAAAUAUGGCAAACAUUAUCGAGUUCACCUCCAGUUGUUUCUUCUAUCUCAACCAGUACUUUAGAACUUUCUGGCCGAUAAAGAUUUUAUUUGACAAUCCGCUUCAUCCCCCGUCUACUGAAACAGAGUUAAAAGUUCUCCGUGCGAUUUACCUACUGCGACAUCAAGAUGACCUGGAAGCAGUAAUGCGGAUAGUGGAAUCACUUCCCAAGGACGAAGAUAUUCUAAGUGUUUUUGACCAACACACCAAGUAUAAUCUCAUUCAGUUGGCUGUUAUCACCAACAACAAAGCCCUUGUAAACAAACUAGUGCAAUAUUACUCUGGACAUUUGAAUCUGAAGUGUAACAAUCCUGUGCACUUGGCCUCUCACUUAGGACACUAUGGUAUAUUGGAGACAUUGUUAGAGAGGGGAGGGAGGAGUGGACAGAUUGCAGGGAUGUGUUACCCUGGGCCCCACUCCCCACUAGAGGCCUACAAGAUCCUUGGCUUAUUGGACUACUCCACUUAUAAAUGUCAAGUCAAUGUGGAUCUCCCAGUCUUUUACGCCAUCUCUAGUGACAGUGUGAAUUGUGUGAAGCUGCUUCUGUCACAGAUGCAGUCAGAGAGAGUGCCUCUACCAUUUCCUUCCAGACUUCUUCAUUUCGCAUGCUGCAAAGGAACUUUAAACUGUCUUCGUUACUUUGUGGAAAGAUUUCCAGAUGAAGUCAAUUCACUGAACUCCAAAAGAGAGACUCCACUUCUUCAGGCAGUUGUCUGGGGAAGAGAAUGUGCUAAAUCUCUCAUAGAUAAUGGUGCAGAUGUAAACUGUGUUUCUAAAACUGGGGAGACCGCCCUACACAGACUCUAUUGCAAUGACAUAGAUGGGUUGUUCACCAUAUUUGACACCACCAAGUACCUGUUGACAACAGGAAUUGAGCAGUUGGUGAAUGAGGUGGACACCUCAAUGGAGACUCCCCUACACUAUCUUGUGACUCACGUGUCCUUUAUUGGAGGAAAUCUCCUUCAUCCCAGUCAGAGCCAGAACCAGGUAACCAGACUACAGUUACAACCAGAUUACCAGGACCAGGUUGUUCAGUCCUUAGAUCUCCUGCUUAAGUUCAAUGCUGACCCUCUGAGGGGGAACCGCUUUGGCCUUCAGCCCCUGAACAAGUUGAUGCAUGUUGCACUGAAGUCAUGUGGUACCAUGGGCAAAAUGCUGUGUGACUGUGUUCAGUUUUCUAUUGACUCAAAGUAUCUCUACAAGAAUGACUUCAAUCAUCUGAACAGUGCUCUGGAAGUUCUACUGAAACAUGGAUCAGAUCCCAAUAGUCUUUGUUCAGAAGGUCAUUCCUCUUAUCAGAUAUUUCUACAGUGUUUGUUGGAAAAUAAUCUUGUGGAAGUCUGUAAUCAAGCAGAGGGUGUUGUCUCAUCGUUAUCUACAUUGUUAAAGUAUGGUGCUAAAUUAAAUUUCCAGAUGAAUAAUGGUUUCACUUGUUCCACCGUUCUGGCAAAGUUUGCAGCAAGAUAUUUCACAAUUCCAGUGUCUGAAGAUUCCCAAAGGUUGAGGGAAGAUUUCUCUGAUCUUGUUUGUGAAAUCUUGCGCGCUCACUUUUUGCAUGGACUGAAUCCCAAUGUCUUGACAAAUGCCAAACAUCCGUAUCUAAAGGGAGGAACAGGAAAUGCAAUCAUUGAAUUUGUCCAUCUGUCUAAACUUGCCAAAUGUCCUUCAGACUUUGUAGUGAUUCGGCGCUGGUUAACAGUCAUCCUUCAGUGGGGAGGCGACCCUGAUGUAGAACCUUAUCAAUCUGAACCCAUCAUCUGCCAUUCCCAGAGUUCCAUAUUCCUUCGUCACCAAGGCACCCAGCCUGUCAGCCAUUACAUUCACGAGAUGAAGGAUGAAGAAGCCCUUUACAGAGAUGGUUAUGCUGAGGAGCUGCUCAUGUUAUUUUAUCACUCCAUGAGCCACAAGGAACUCAGCGAGUGCCUUAAUUCUGCCCGCUCUAUGACAAGAUUUCAUCCAAUGGGAGCGGUUGGGAAGAAGCUACUUCAGAUUCUUAGCUCAAUGUCAGAGAGUCCCCGAAGUCUGAUGGAGAUUUCUCGUGUUGUGAUUUACAAAUCUAUAGACAGACAGUUGGCAGUUAAGGUGCCACAGUUACCCAUUCCAAAUGCUAUGAAAAAAUACCUUCUUGAAAUUCAGUGAAAAAUAAUUUUUUGCUGUUCUGAAUUAAAGUAUGCAGCAGAUUUUGCUGAAACACUAAUUUCAUGUUUAAUGGUUGUAUACUUAAGCCAGUAUAUGUAACACAUUUGUAUUUAAAAUGAUUUUUAUUUCAAGAAUUUUAUUGAUUUUAUGUAGAUUUUUUGCCUAUAAAUUGUUACAUGU